UCUCCCAAAGAAAAGAAUGUAAGGUUGCUGAGAUCUCUUCCAACUGAGUGGUACACCAAAGCCACAGCCAUGGAAGAAGGAAGAAAUCUGGAGAACUACACUGUCCAAGGUCUUCUUGAUGAGCUCAGAACCUAUGAGCACGAGCUGAAGAAGAAGAAGGAAGAACAAGUCACUCCCUUCCCCACGGCACUGAUGACAGCUCCAAGAGUACCAUCAAGUGAAGGGACAUGCCCAAGGAACUGUGACACACCUUCCUCCAGUAAGCCAUCAAGUUCAAAAAUGGAGAACUACGAUGAGGAAUUUGCCAUGAUGGUCAAGCAAUUCUGGAAGUUCAAUAAGUUCUUCAAGAAAGCUGACUCAGUCAGAAGGCCAUCCAAGGGAAAGCCACAGGUGAAAUCCCUUAACAAAGAACUAGGGACUCUUAAGUCCAAAGAAGCAGUGGAUAAGCUUCUUGAAACGACCAAACAUAAGGGUCGUGAAGGACUUGGGUUUGACCCCUCCAAUUCUAAAAGGAAAGGGAAAACAACCUUCAUCCCUCUUAAACCUACUGCUAAACCAAAUAAGCAGAAAGGGAAGGAAAAAGAAAAACCAACAGAAGUUCCCAAAAAGGAAGCCACUAAGUACCCAGGUGUCUGGUACUUAGACAGUGGCUGUUCAAGACACAUGACGGGUGAUAUGAGCCUUUUGAGCAAUCUAAUUCCCUAUGAUGGUCCAAGAGUUACUUUUGGAGGAAGCAAUGAUUUUGGCCUUACCAAAGGGCUAGGAAAUCUGGUGUACAAGGGACUAACUAUCCAAGCUGUAUCUUAUGUUGAAGGUCUCAAUUACAACCUUCUUAGCAUAAGUCAGUUUUGUGAUAAAGGUUACUCCUUGGAAUUCUGCAAGGACAUGGCAUCUCUCAAGAACAUCUCCACAAAUGAAGUCAUUCUCACUGGGAAGAGAAUCAGAAACAUCUAUGAAAGCACAUUUCCAGUCAUCAAGUCCACUGUUGGAGGCUCAAAGGUGAAGCUUUCGCAGAAGAAAUUGGGAAGAAAGCUUCGCCUUCCCAAUUCUAGAGUUGAAGUUGGGAAAUUUCCAGUCAAAAAUCUAGACUGGAACAUCAUUGGAAUUUCUGGGCGAACUCCUUCUGGCCCAGCAAAGAAAGCAGAUCUGAACAACGAUUACAAAUUGAUUUUGGAACUGGUCAUCGCCUGCCUCGAAUGUGGGAGUGGAGGUCAUGCCGAUGACAUCACCCAGGAGAGAGCCUUCAUCAUCAACGCUCUCAUUACCAAAACUAAGGAGAUAAGUAAAUCAGUAGAAAAGACUCUAGAGAUCAUCUCUCUAUUGAGUAAAACUGUGAGCAAUACGAUGGAAAUAUACACCUCUGACAGUCAACUGCAAUUCAAUGAAUUCAACAAAGUCAAGGAGCAAAUAGCAAAUGUCACAAUUGGUCUGCAAAAACAGAUGUCCCUUCUCCAAAUGGACAUCAGAUCAGCCCUAGCUAUAGCUUCAGCAAAUCAAGUAGUAACCAAAGACUACUUGAAGGUGAUCAUUGACAAUCAAAAGGAAGCAUACAAGCUGUUCAGACUUAUUGGUGCACAUUCUGGGAACCGCAAGAUGGAAGUAAUUCUCCAACAACACAGUCCAUCUCCAAUACCACAGCUCCCUAUUGCAGUCAACGAAGGAGAAGCAUCUUAUGUCCCUUCUCAUCUGCACAUGACUAAUCUGAUCCUUGAAGCACAGCAAAGAAAUCCGGAAAACUCAGCACAGCACCUAUCCAGCUCAGGACUGGAUGGAACAGAAUUUAUAGGUGCAGUGGCUGACCACUUCUCAGAUGCUGCUCAAACAGAGGAAAGGCGUGAAAACCUAAGGCGCAUCAAAGAACUGUGUGGGAACAUGCAGGGCAUCAGUGAAGUUGCCGGAUCUUCAAAACGCAAAAGGAACUGAAGGUUCUUUUCAUCAAACCAGGGGGAAAGGGGAAUGUAAUUCAGGGGGAACUUACCUAGUUUUGGCUAACAAUUAUUUUUGGCAAUGAAUUAUUGAUAAGCUC